AUGAGCGACGACUCGUGCGACCUCGCUGCCAUCAUUCGUCGACUGCAAGCGCUCGAUCGGCACCACCUCGACGCGACGCCUCAGGUGACGCCAGAUGUCAAUAAUGUCAAUGACGCGCGCGCUCUGGCGGUGCAACGGCUCAUCAAACUCCGACCCUUGCUGGAGAGCCUACUGGAGCAUGAGGUAAGUGGAGUAUCUGCAGAAGCCUGUUGUUGCACAGUCCGGUCCCAAGGCAGCGAACGAGUCACCCGAGUGAUCGUGAGACCAGCUGUUCAACGUCACAAUCUCCAACUCAACUUGUUCAAGCGGGGCCGCAGCCCAGCUUGAAGCUCCUCUUCUCGGGCCCGCCAAUUUACCCCACAUCUUCGCGGGAGGCACGCUGACGUGCUUAUGUUGGGCUUCCACCGCAUUGUAUCUUUCCUGUACAGAGCUCUUCGGAUGUUGAUCCAUUCGAUAUCGAUGCCUUGAUUGCAUCUCUCAAGUCGUUGUACCCGGGACAGCGUCCAGCGGAUGAUGACGACGCUCGGUUGAUGUUCGAGACCGCUCGUGCGGUGAUGACCCACCUCGUUCACGUCAAGCUUGCGCCAGGGGCACCAGCGUCUCGCGACGAUCAGACAGGAAGGAGCGCACAGAGCAAGUCCGGGAAGUUGAAGCAGCGACAUUACGAGUGGAACCUGGUUGUUGCGAACAUCCUUGAGGCUCUCGAGGUGAGAUUGAUGUCAGCCUUGGCCUUGUACGCAGUCACUGACGCGCACACCGAGAUCGGCGCCAGCUACAUCUCGACAUCACGAACGAGACGGAUCAAGCGGGCAAAGCGGUUAUCAAUCAGCCAUGUCGGUCAAAUAUUUUUCAAUUUAAAGAGACCUGAUGGUACUGAUUUUGCCAUUUCUCCCACAGACCGACAGAUGAUUGGCGAACUCUGGCUCGAGGCGCUCGCGAAUUUACUCCGUCCCCUCGCGAACCAUGUACACCCUCUUGUACAGUCGGCGGUAAGCUUCACGUAUCCUGUGCACACGGAACGAUAGGGGAGCGCCGACCCUUACCCUAUGAAUCUCAGGCGAUGGAGACCAUGUGCGAACUCAUCAGCAAGCAUCGGCCCAACAAGAACGCCUUGCUUAAGCUUUUGUCGGCGUAAGCAUCUCCGAGCCCAAAGUGCUGUGAUACCGUCGCUGAUACAAAUUCUGUCACCUCAGUCAAGGUCUGUCCGAGAUGAUACGAGACAGCCGCGACGGGUUCUGGGCGGUGUCAAUCUUCGAGUUAGCGUAUCGCUUGCUACCCGCCAGCAAGAAGGAGCGCUUCGCAUACAUCGAGACCCUGACCUCCAGUGGCAAGGAGUUCGGCGGACCAGACGGCGGCAUGCAGAAGGAUUUGCUGAGCUUCAACGGCGGCAACUACUACGAGGUGGGCAUCGCAGCUCAGCAGUCGGGGCCAACUUACGUCGAAACUCCUUAUCAAUUGCUGACUGGUGCGCUCGAUGUUGCAGCUACGUGACAAGUGGUUACCGAUAAUCGCGGCUGGAUCUUACGAGCGGUAAGUCAUCUCCUCUCCCUACGCGUCUUCGUAUGAACGUGGUCCUGAUCAGCGCAGACGAGUUUGUGGAACAGAGCGCAGCCUUUCGAAAUCAGUACCUUGGCUCUGGACGGACAAGUUUUGGUGACGCGGGACAAGUCACGCUUCUUCUGGAUCGCUCAGGAUUUUCUCGAGACCGAGUUCGAAACCCCGACGGACCUCACCGAACCCUCGUCUGCCUCGACACCGAAGGAUCGCAAACUAUACAUUCCACUCCAAAACAUCAACGCUAUUGAUGUUGAUGUCACGUCAGAGCCAGGUAUGGGUUCAUUCGUCGUCGGUUGGAAACGUGCGGCCAACUGACCUUGUGUCUUACACCUCUCUGGUAUUCACAGGCAUGCUUGUACUAACCUUUAGCCUCUCGUGCGCUCCAGAGUUUGACAUGCCCCCUACCGAGUUCGUGGUCGAGGAAGAUGAAUCCGCUGGUUCAUAUGGGCUCGUCGUUCGUCUGAAGUGGCGUCAAGAAGUCAUGGAUCGCAUUCGCGGCACUUUCGCGGAUCGAGGCAGGCGCUAUGCGACCUUCAGUACCAGUUUGAUCCCCGAUUCGAUCGAUAGGCCCAAAGGCGUUCGAUCCUCUCGCAGGCCACGCGCAAGGACGGUUGCGAUCGAAGCCCCUAUGGGCAGGGGUGACUCGAUGGAAGCCGAUGGUCCGGUCGGAAACCCUGGACUCGACUCGAAAAUAGAGGAAAACGAUCCCAUCGAGUCAUUUGAUUCACGCAAAGUGCAGUCGCAAGCACGUGCCGAAGAACUUCGGGAGAUGGCGGACUUGCCACAGACCGGACUCGAAGCUUCGAACAAUAGCUCCUCGUUCCUCCUCCCUCUUCAAGAGGUUCACGACGUUCACACACGUGCAGCAGAACCAGCACUGGCGAAAACACAAGUUCCAAUCGAUGUCGAGGUAGGUGGUUCAGUGGAAGAUCCCGGUCCCGUCGAGGAAGAGAGUCAGGUGGUAUCGACGGAAGAGGGCGAAGACAGGACGGAUGCCUCGAUCAACGCCCCUAGAAUGAGAUCUCACCCUUCAAGUCCAAGAUCCGACGCACCCGAGCCCCAGCCUAUUGCAGUCACCGUAAUCCAGGAGUACUCGAAGACGAAAGACACUCCUCAGGAGAGCAAGCGCACCACUCGAUCGAGCGAUCGCAAGCUGAUGGGCAAGAAUCAGAACAAAGCCGGGGUCGAGGUAACCGUCGAAGAAGAUAAAAGCAUGUCCUCGCUCUCGGAUAUUGCUGAGGACAGUGACGAUGCAGACGCUCCGAGGGACACUUCAACUCUCAAGGCCAAGUUUCGAGCUAAUUCGAAGGCACUGGCUACCAAGGCGUCGCGCAAGCUCGUUCGAGUCCAAAGCCCUUCUCAUGAUCAGCCGAAGCAAAAGAUGGCCAAAGCGCGGAAGAAAGUCGAAAAAAGAAGGACGAAGAAGAUGAAGCAAGUCAUAAAUGACUCUGAGGAAAGUAAAGAGUCUACGGAAGACGAGUAAGUAGACUUUGCUGGUCCAGGCGGUCUGUCAUCUUCGGGGCUUACUCAUCGAGUUCAACAAUUUUGUAGCGAAACGACCGAUUACGAUGAGGCCCCGCUCAACAAUCGUCAGCCUAUCAAAGCUAAACAGCUGAAGGGGAUGCAGCUUCCAUCUCCGGGGAAAAGUGGUCCGAAGAAGAAGAAGUUCGUAACCGCCGUGGUACCUUCGAAACGCAAGGCACCUUCACCUGCCGUCGCGAGUAGUGCUAAGAAGGCCAGUCUUCGACGUAGCAAGAGAAUGAAGGUCGGUCCGCAGGACGAAGGAAGGGUUUCCGCCUCCAAAGCGCCGGUACACGACAUCAAAGAGACACAUGGACUGGAGCAUUCCGAGAGUGAUGGCAUGGGGGGCAUGGAGCACGACUUUUCAACGGAUCCCCCGCCUCAUGCACCCGCAACCGAGAUGACCGCAGACACCCCUGUCAAGGGAGCCACUGGUGGUCCGCAAGCCCUCCGUGUUGCGCGUGCGCGCUCUACAGAAUCGACGAUGCUCGACCCAGCCCUCGAUACCCGCUUUGUUGCCAACGCUCUCGCCGAAGACACUUCUGGGGCCGAACGUGCAUUCUCCAAGGGCCACAAGACGGGUGAGACUCGAGGAGAAAAGUCCUAUGCACAGCUUCCACCUGACAAAGCGCAUUCGACAAAGUCGAAUCUUGAGCGUGUGCUUCAUGAAGUCUCCGAUCAAGAUGAGGACAAAAGCUCGAGCCACUCCGUUGGAUCGCCUUCACCUCCACCACUGAGGCUGGGGGAUCACGUGCUCGGCGAGACACCUCAGCACACGCAACGUGAUGGAAUGUUCUACAAUGCUGAAGAGGAGGCCGCGAUGGAACAGGACAUUGACGGUGGUAAGCAUACAGAUGUCAUUGAUUUCAUAGACAACGAAAAAGCCAAAACGAAGGUGGGGAUCCCAGACGCUCCCACGGAAAGCGAUCGGGACGACCGCACCGAGUCAAUACACGAAGCCGAGGAGUUCGCGCUGUCUGGACAACCAAACGAUGAGCAGAUCCGGCAUCGCGCCCUUUCACCUCGUGAGUUGGCAUAAAACCUCUUCGUUGAUCUCAGGAGAUACGAGUCUAAUACGUAUGAACAUCUACUCUAAUCACAGUAACGGUGGCGACGGCACUUCCGCAAGUUCGCUUUGAACCCGCUCGAGUCGGCCUCCCCAGCUCUGCUCAGCGUGACGCAGCUGCGCAAUCGGAACGCGGUCGCCACCGUGGUCUAGCGAGAACAUGGAAGGCUCCUUCGCACGAUCCAUUCUUUUCGAAUACGGGUAUCUCGAGCCGUAGCAAGAUUUCUGAUCAUCGUACCAAGAAGGCCGUGGCUCGAAGCAGCAAGCCUAUGGUCUCUUCGAAGCGCAAGAGCAAAGCUGGCCCACAGUCUGCAGGCCGAAACGUCCGAGCAUCGAGUGCUCCUCCCGAUUCUAGCAGUCCCCUAUCUGAGAUCACCAAAGAGCGAAGAUCCAAGAAGAUUCGACGCGAGCCCGCUACCGCCGCCAGGAUGAACUUCAAGUCGGCAUUCGCCAAUCAAGAUCGCUCUUCCGGUAUCCGAAGUCAACUUCACGGCAUCGUCGAGGUAGGUGCGCUGCAGACGCGUUCGAGAAUCGGUUGACUGAAGCUGAAGAAUUUGAAAAAUGAACCCAGAUUAUUCUCAAUACCCAUGAGAGUCGCUGCGAGUUCCAGCUAGAGCGAUUGACUGCCGCGCAAGAGGCUAUCAGGGUCAAGGGAUGGGCAUGCUCGAUGCCUAUUCUGCAGAACACGUGAGUGCCUACCCAUGCUUCGAGAUGUUACCCCAGCUGAAUCAUAAGUUCCCGUAUAUUGGAUAGACAUCGUAUUGCUCGCGCUGCGGAACGAAUUCAUGAGUCUACGCUAGUCCGCAUGAAGGCGAUGGGCGAAAGAUUGAUCGAUUUGGAGAAAACCGGCGCGCAGCUCGUGGGGAAACUGGUGUAG